UAUAGUACACUUGAGCAGUGAGUCUUGAUAUGAACUAAUCUAGCAACAACUGGAAGAAGAAGAAGAGGAAGUAGAAAUCACAAGGAAACUUCACCAUUACUAUAUAUAUAAACCAAACGCCACAAGAAGAAAAAGCCCAGAAAAAUUAUAACAAAAACCAUUUUCUUAAAAUGAAAAAUCAUUUUCUGUUUUAAAAGAACCCAUUUUUCUUCUUUUCUCAACCUUUUUGUAUUUUUUUAUUUAUGUUGUGAUGAUGAGAGGAGGAGAAAUAUUAAACAGCAGUUCAUCAUCGAGUAGUAGGAGGUGCCAAGACUGUGGAAAUCAAGCCAAGAGAGAGUGCCAACACUUGAGGUGCAGAACCUGCUGCAAGAACCGAGGGUUUGAGUGCCAAACCCACGUUAAGAGCACUUGGGUUCCGGUUUGCAGGAGGCAACCCACGCACCAUAUCAUGCACCACCACCACCAGAUUUCCUCCACUCUUCACCAACACCAGCUCCUCCAUGGAUCAAACCCUAAGAGACACAGACAAAAUCAAGCAGCAUUUUUAGGGUUUCAAAUUGAAGGGACUUUGCCGGGUGAAAUGAGUUUCCCUGCAGUUUUCCGAUGUGUACGGGUGAGCUCAGCAGACAAUAUGGUGGAUCAGUAUGCAUACCAGACGUCGGUGAGCAUCGGAGGGCAUGUAUUCACCGGAAUUUUGUACGAUCAGGGUCCAGAGGAUCAACUGGAGGAAAGUGGAAACUAUGUCACCGGAGAGAGCUCUUCUGAUGGCUUGUUGCAGCAGCAUCCUAAUUUCGUCAACAGAGCUACUACUGGUACAGUCUCUUCUUCAUAUCCUACCUCUUUCUGUGCAGUUACCGCUGCUACUUCGCAGUUCUCUCAAUACCCAAAAUCUUGAUACAGCGUGUGUUUGGGCAUCAGGAGUAUACGCACCCAACUAGAAUUGGAAUAAGAAAUUCUUAAUUUUGCUGAAAUUGGAAUAAAAUUAUUUCCAGCAAUUCUUGCUAGUUUCCCCUUUUUCUCAAUUAUGUGUAUGUAAUUAAUUACCUCAAUCAGUACAAUGCGAAGGAAUUU